AAACAUUAUGUCCUCGACAGAUUCGUUUACAGGGACUCUUCAAAGUAUAACAACUUCUCCUGAAAAAACCAACGUGUUCUCGCAAGUUCCGACCGAAAAGCCCUUUCACUACACGUAAGUAUGCAUUGGUUUGUAAACCAUUGCUUUCCCAUGGCUAAUUUUGCUUCUGCUUUCGUUUCACUCGCAAGGUACCUGAAAGAAUUUCGUGUCGAGCAGUGUCCCCUGUUUCUGCAGCACAAAUGUACGCAGCACAGGCCGUUUACUUGCUUCCACUGGCAUUUUAUGAACCAGCGAAGACGUCGGCCAAAGAAAAAGCGGGAUGGAGUCUUCAAUUAUAAUCCAGACGUGUACUGUACUCAGUACGACGAGACAAGUGGAAUGUGUCCGUCCUCAGACGAGUAAGUCGUCACACAAACUUUACACAAAUUUCUACCACUAAAACAACGCUAUACUUUCACGUAAAGAAAGACACAACACUAUGGAAACUUAAAGCGUUCUUUAAUGAACUUAAAAACCUUUUUUAUGUUGUUUAGCUGUCCGUAUUUGCAUCGUGUAGCUGGCGACGUCGAAAGGCGCUACCAUCUUCGUUACUACAAGACAGCAAUUUGUGUUCACGAAACGGACUCGAGAGGGUUCUGUGUUAAAAAUGGCCCGCAUUGCGCCUUUGCACACGGGCCACACGAUAUAAGACAACCUGUGUACGAUAUUCGUGAACUACAGGCGAUGGAAAGGGACGAAACACCGACGGAAUUAGGCUUACAAGCGCCUGAUAGCAAAGUACAACUAGACGACCCUCGAUGGCAAGGUCUGUAAAAAUUUAAAAACCUCGCUCUUUUUCGUAAACAAACGAUUAAAUCUCGCUUCCCUGCUGUAAAAAAAUUGGCAAGCGUUCAGAAAGCCAUAGAAUUAGCCCAAAGGUCCAGUAGUUUCUUGGCAAAUUCUACAUGAAAACGCUGAUUUUUGGAACUUAUUUACGAGGCAAAUCUAUUUGUUUGUUUCAAAAUUCCAACACAACUGGUACUUUUGGGCAAAAUAUUUAGCAAAGCAUUUCAAGAUUGCGUUCGUUAUCCGCUUGUAUUUUGCUCAAAAAUAUAGCCAGCUAAGCGAUAAUUGUCUGAAAAGGAUUUUAAAGGCCCAGUCGGAUCGGAUGUGUAAGCCGGAUAUACUUCUGAUGCGAUAAAUCGCACGUAUUAUUUAAUUGAUGUGCCAUGGUGGCAAUUUCAACAUAUAAUUCAUUUGACAAACCCAAGGGUUACUUGUACAAUGGGUACAUGUAUUUUUAAUGAGUGUUUUCUACAAAUUUGCUAACAAAACUGAAAAAGCCCUGAGUCAAUUGGAGUGGAAUUUUAAUAGGUUGGCUCAGUUUUAUAGUUGCUCAUAAAAUUUUAUGGUGGCUUAUCUGAUUUUCCUUGAUUAUUUUUAGCAGGGUCAGGGUUAAGAUUAAUUGCCCCAGGCGAUGUUAUUAUAAUAUUGUCUCUGAGGAAAUCCUCUUUUCAGACAAUAUAUGUCUUGAAAUAAAUUAAUUUGAAUAUGGGUAUGUCAUGGGUGGAUUGUAUGUGGUGGUACUGUUUAUAAUCAGAUGACGAUGCUACAAUGCUACUAAUAGUCGACUUCCUCUGUUGUACUAUAUUGACUUAGUAUGACAUAUGCUGGAUUGAAAAGAGACAGAGAAAGCGACAAGUGUUAAAUAUUGGCUACAAAAAUUGACAGAUAUAUCGGUCCAACUGUUCAAAAUUUCUCCCUUGCUUGUUUUUUGCGAGCAUGUUUAUUUAUAUUACGAUCGUCAGGACAGCUCUUUAAGGGGGGAAGCAAUUUCACAAGGAGAACAAUAGCUUCAUAAGUGGCAGACACAAUGCAGGGCUGUUGUCCCCAAUAAUUUCCAAAAUUUUCCAAAAUUCUGUGAAUGUUUGCAGUGUAAUCAAUUAACUCCCAAAACUCUUCUCUUGAUAAGUAAAAUUGGCUCACAUUAGCCAGGGUAGGUGCAUUAAUUCCCGUACAAGAAAUCCAAUUGGAAUUCCUACAGGAAUUGCUAUUGGAAAUUUGCCCAAAUUCCAGUUGGAAACAAUUGGAAUUCCAAUGGGAAUUUAAAUUUUCCUAUUGUAAUCCAUUGAACUUCAGACAGAAAAAAUCACUCCAAUUGGAAAUUUGCCCAAAUUCCAGUUGGAAACAAUUGGAAUUCCAAUGGGAAUUUAAAUUUUCCUAUAAUGUAAUCCAUUGAACUUCAGACAGAAAAAAUCACUCCAAUUGGAAAUUGGCCCAAAUUCCAUUUGGAAUUUCAAUUCCAAUUGGAUUUUUUUGUAUGGAUAAUUUACCGUAAUUCGGACACUUUGUAGCUUAACCCAUUGAGUGGCAGCACUCCCAUGACGAGUAAAAUUGUCUGGCAUUAGACAGAGUAAAAUAAUCAAGUAGGGCACAUCUGAGUCUCAGCAUUGCCAAAGGGUUAACAGGUGGGGGAUAAUUUCUGUAAGGACAUCCCUUAUGAAAAAUCCCUGUAGGAAUUUGUAUAGGAAGUUUGGAUUCCUAUAUAGGAAUUUCUACGGGAAUUUCCAGAAGUUCCUAUAAGAAUUCUUAUUGGAAAGUCAAAACUUCCUGUAUAGGAAUUCCUAUAUAUAUACAUAUAUAUAGGAUAAAUUUUUGAAAAACCCCAAGAGCUUAGCCUAAGUACACAAAUAAAAGUAAAUAUUGCAGAUUUCAAGAGAGCUUCGGAUUGGCAGGGAUGUAAAUACAUGAAAAAUACAAGGAGGACUUCAAUGUUUUGAAUGCACUUUAUUUGGAAGUUAGUGUGUGGACGAAAAGCUCUCCUUGUAUUUUUCAGGUAUUUGUAUCCAUAUCAAUCUGCAUCAUUCUUAUUAUUGGCACUACUUACAUAUCGCACAGACCGUUUAUGAUUGUAUUGCAGAAUUCUCCAUUUUUUUUACUCCAGAGUGUCAUAUCCAGCAGUUAUUUGCAUCGGAGCACCGAAACGUGUUUUCCUGCUUUGCAGGUGUUUAAAGCAGGCGUUUGGGUGGUUCUGCAUGGCUGAAUAAAACCCCGGCAAUGCGUUUCAAAUAAAACAUAGUGAAGGCCCUUUGACGGGAAGUUAGUCAGGAUGGGAUAUUAUUUCAAACUUAUUAUAUGUAAUCAGGGUCUGAAAUUUGCAGUAUCCUGAUAUCCAUGGGAUAUUAAAACUAUGAAUGACUUGCAUACAAAAAAAUUUCCGGAAACAUCAUAAUUUUCCGGACAUACAAAAAUUUUUCCCAGAAUACAAAUAUUUUUCCCAACAUAUCGUAAGUUUUUCCAGACAUAUUAUUUGUUAACUUUUUCCGUCAUUUUUUGUAAAUUUUGUAAAUUUUUGCUACAACUAUUACUAUUUAUUCCGAUCCACUCAAAUAUUUUCGCUCACCAUGAAACCAAUUUCUCGAUAAAUUCGAAAACAAUUUGCCGAGUCUAGCAGACAUUUGCCAAAUCUGUGAUGAAAGGGGGUGUCACACACCCCUCCUCUAGCUAUGCCCCUGAGUUUGCCACCAGCCUUUCCUCAUUUUUCCUGUAAUCACUUUAUCUAUUGCACAUGUUUUGUCAUUUUUGUUGACAAGACACUGAAUAAUGAGUAUAUGACAAUUGAUUUCAAUUAGUGCCAUGCUUAAUGACCCUGUCCACGAAAAUGGGUGACCACACCGGCAGUACUUUUUGUGCAGCCAGUUUUGACACGCUGGCUAAAAGUCUGUUUUAGGCCUCAGUCAUAAUAUAUCAUGUACUUAAAUCUACCCUCAUUUAAUACUUUUCUCACUAUUUUUAUCUCAUUUUAACUAUAGAUACAAGUUAUGUGUUGGCACAUUAUAAAACAGAGCAAUGCAAGAAACCCCCAAGGCUAUGUCGUCAAGGUUAUGCUUGUCCACAUUUUCACAAUGCAAGAGAUUGCCGAAGAAGUCCUAGAAAAUUUAGAUACAGGUUUGUAAUGCAAAAUUAACCAAUUAGGCCAAAAAAGAAAUACCUGUGUUUCCUAUUUCUCAUAGGCAGGGUAGGUCCGAGUUUUUUUUCAUAAACUUUUUUUAUAAAUGCUUAUGCAUGAUAAUGAUAUUCCACAUCAAUUGCAGCAGCACAGAGGGCACAAACAUUCAUUAAAUGUUACAUCAAUUUUGGAACAAACAAGUUAUACUUUUAGCUACGGUAAUACAAAGCUAACACUAUAUGCACGAACUGGGUACGAAAAUGUGCUCCCAGCUCUUUGCGAAUUAAAUUUCAGAUAAAAAGAUUAGGGUUGGUCGGUAUAGGGCCUAAAAAAAUACCUGUGGUUCCGGUUCCUGACCAACCCUAUUUUUUCUGCCGACCCUAUUAUUUUUUCAACACGAUUGACCGUGUGACCCUAUUUUCUCUGGAUGGUGGUUGCGGGCUGCUCAUACAGCGUGCCAAAAUGGUGUCUGUUGUCACACUAAUUAUUGAACCAAAUUGCCUAAAUCCGUCCAUAGGAAAUAUGCAUCUCUAGUUAAUAUUGAUGUCGGAACUCUGCUGAAAAUCGCCCAGCAAAAAACUGCCAAAACCAUGAAAAAAUAUUCAAAAAAGAAUUUAUUUCCGACCUACCGACCCUAAUUUGUUCAUGAUAUGAAACUGGAACCACAGGUAUUUUUUUAGGCCUAGGUUUGGGAACCUAGAAACCCAGGUUUUUCCCUUUAUAAGGGACAAACUAAUGCUUAUUACCUGUAAUGAAAAACUGAAAAAGAUCAUUCCUUGAAAUUUUUCCUGGUAUUUCCAGGUCAACUCCAUGUCCUAAUGUGAAACAUGGAGAUGAAUGGGGAGAACCUACCAAUUGUGAAAAUGGCGACAAUUGUCCAUAUUGUCACACCAGAACUGAACAACAAUUUCACCCAGAGGUAAGAAUAAACAUAACUUGGAAGUGUGACUAACCCCAAAUAUAAUUUUUGGUAUGUGUAAUAUUUGAGUCAUUCUAAGAAGAAAUGUAAUGUAUCUUUAUAGUAAAAAACCUCAUCUUGAUCAACUUUUUCACUUUCAAAGUUUCCAAUUAUGAUGUCAUAAGGUGAAUUUUUGGUACAAAAAACAAAGGAAAACUAAUUUGCAAUUCAUCUAAUGACAUCAUAUCUGGAAACUUUGACAGUGAAAAAGUUGAUCAAGAUGGGAUUUUUUAUUAUAAAGAUAUAUUACAUUUCUUUUUCGAAUGACCUAAAUAUUACACAUACCAAAAAUCGUAUUUGUGGUUAGAAAGCGCUUGUGCACAACGUUGCUACACUAUUCGACAACUUUAAGGCGGUUUUCCACUAGGCGAAAUUUUUCGACCGAAUCGAAAUUUUCUUUUGUCUUACAAGCACUCAGAUGGAACUAAUCAGAAAUCUUUUGAAUUUGAACAAUAUAAAUUUCGGUUCGAUCGAAAAAUUUCACCUAGUGGAAAACCGCCUUUAGGCGAUUAGCUGAGCGCUGAAAUUCCUGACGCGUGGGCACAUCACUCAUAGUUACCUAAAAUCUGCAUGAAAGCAAGUGGUUAUGAUUUAGUUUUCGCAUCGUUGCAACAUUUAUUAUUGUCGAUUUCAAGUCACUUUUCAACGCGCGGUUCCCAAGUUCGUUGCGAACUUGCCAAUUACGUUUCCAAGUUCGGAAAUUGGACGCGAACUUCGCCACAAAGUUCUGCAAGUUCAAUGUUCAUACUCAAUAAUAAUAACCAAUUCAAUGAAAUACAAACCUUCUUGGUAGCCCACUGGACCAAGAACUUUCCAUUGAAUUGUUAAUUUCAACUUGAACUAUGAACAUUUGUUUACAAUAGUUCAAACAUUGAAAUGUACUUGCGAACUUUGUUGCGAAGUUCACGCCCAAUUUUUGAACUUGGAAACGUAAUUGGAAAGUUUGCAACGAACUUGGGAACCGCUCAUUGAAAAGUGACUUGAAAUUGAUAAUAAGAGUAAGGAGUAAGAAGUGACAUAUAUUAAAGAACUGAGCAUGUACCUUAGCCUCAAGGCCUUUAGUGCAUGUGCACAAAUUCAUGCCCCAACUCUGUUUGCAAAACAGUUUUACAUCUAGCCCUAACUGUUCUACUCAUUAACUAACUACAAAUACAAAAUAUGUUUUAUAGAUUUAUAAAUCAACUAAAUGUAAUGAUAUGCAACAAACUGGUUAUUGCCCCAGGGGGCCAUUUUGUGCAUUUGCACAUGUAGAACGUAAGUGGACUGUAGUAGUCGUUUGUGUAUCUACAAAAAUAUCUUCUUCGUUUAUUGAACUGGUGUGUUUAAAAUUCUAACUAUUAUUAUUAAUUAGAACUUUUGUUCUCAAUAAUUUUUGCAGAAGAAUUUUCAGUAUUAGAUGAGAAUGAUUAUGGACAGGUGAGACUUUAUCAAGAGACUAAUUGCAUAUUAGAAAUUGCACUAAUUGCAUGCAAGAGACUAAUUGCAUAUUAGAAAAGAUCUGUAUCUGACUUGUCUCCGGAGCUGCAGGAAAUUCGUUUGAAUGAAGAUUUGCUAUUGAAAAUUUGAAGGAAACCUUAACACCCAUGUCCCACUAUGGGCGCAACAACAUAUGAUUGACAGACAUUAUUCCUUGAAUUUAAAACCAUGGUCAGCUAGAACACUAUAUGUUUACGCACAUGAAGAUUUAGCCCAGAAAUACUCCGUUGAUCUGCAGGAAAUUUGUGUUUCCAGGUUGUGCUCCCAGGAAGAAAAUUCUUCUUUCCUUCACCGCCUGCAUGCUGCAAGCACAAACCUCCGUCGUGCAUUAACCGCUUCGCCAAAUCUUUUGUUCCACAGUUUAGCACAAGUUUAUCACAAAGCAGUCCUGGAAGUCAGAUUCCAAGUCAUGUGAACGUUCCUCAAGCCAAGACCUCGCGAUCUCUAUCAAUGUCGUCAAGUUAUUCUGGUGAAACGCCAUUGGCGGGAAGUUAUCCCAGAGCGCCUGGUUCAGAACGUUCCGAGUCGAGAAGUAGUUCAAGAGAUGCAGAUGAUUUAGUGAGUGUAAUAUCACUGGAUUGUAUGAGGGUGUUAAUGGGGUAUAUCGUGAGUCAUGAUUCACUCAAUUUCGGUUACCGUCAGUCGUGAAAACACUAAAAAUAUACCGUGAAGCGUGUGGGAAAAAUUACUGUUGAUCGUUUCAGAACACUUUUCAAAGAUUUACCGUCAAAAUACCAAAAUUUUUACCGUUUACUGAUUUUCAGACCCCAUCUAGACCCUCGAAUGAGAAAUAUUGAAUGAGAAAUUACCUUUUUACACUAAGAAACAUGAUUCAUCAGACAGAUGAUGUACAGUCAGAAAUGCUGUGCUGAGUGGUUAUAUUACUACCUUAAAAAACAAGCAGAAACUCGACGUUUCGAGCGAAGGCCCUUCGUCAAGAGUUAGGUACUCGACUCGGGCCUCGAAAUAAACGCCGGUCAUUGACCGGUAAAAUAUUCAGUUUGACCGGCGAAUAUUAUAUCGCUAACCAGACACGCAUGACCGGUGAAAUUUUGAAUGGGAAAAAGCGUACACGCGCGGAUUUUUGUUUCCCAAUUUACUGUCAUUUGUCAAUAAGGAGAUGCAAAUAAAUCACCACAGCUGGAAAGAACAUACUAAAAUGAGUAAAACUGCAAAGUUUAUUUGCGAAAUGUCGUAAAAUGCAGAAAAUAUAGCCUUGCAAAGUUUGCACAUUUUGUAUACUUUUGUAUUGCGUGCCGAAAUUGCUACCAUUUUCUGCUCAAACGUGAAACGUGGUAGCAAUUUCUGCACGUAAUACAAAAGUAUACAAAAUUUCCAAACUUUGCAAGGCUAUAUUUUCCGCAUUUUACAACAUUUCGCAACCAAACUUUGCAAUUUUACUAAUGUUAGUAUGCUCCUCCCAGGAAUGCACAUUUUUUGCCAAGAUAAAAAAUUAGUCUAUAAUGGGAAUUGUCUAUUACGAUAAUUUACUGGAAUUUUUUCUAUAUCAUUGUGAUAAUUUAGACGACAAUUAGGAAUAAAAUUGCUGCAAUUGAAAAUGAUCCGAAUUUGGACGAUUCUGAGAAAGCGAGAAGGAGACAGGUAGGUUAAACAGUAACAAUAAGAAGUAAUAAGAUAUAAAGAUCUAGCAAAUACAGUGUUCCUGCAUUGCCAUUAUGGUAUUAAUUUGAACACUUUAAAUAUAAAUAUAGUUGAAAUAAUGGCUUAAUUUGAACACGUUAUGUCCUGGAGCAUUUUUUAUACUUCUCCAGUCUAAAAUAUUAUCUUCUACGUAUGGCCAACCUAUUGAUCCACGUGAUUUUACCCAUCAGUCCACGAAUUGCCAUUAUUGUAUUAAUUUGAACACUUUAAGUACUAUUUAAAGCACGCGUAGGAGUGUUUUAUCACAUAUAAAACACGACGCGUAGCGGAGUGUUUUAUAUGUGAUAAAACACGACUACAAGUGCUUUAAAUGGCUUCAAAAACGACUCAUCUUAUACGAGUUCAUUGGUGAAGUAAUUUUUAAAAUAAACUUUGUCUAAACCGAGAAAAUCAAAGCUAAAGUUUAUGUAAAUUAACAUGAUUUUUUAUCACAUAUAAAACCACGACACGCUUAUGAUUUUUCUUUGUGUUUUCUCCUGAAUUAUUAAUGAGUUUUUGAAAUAAUGGCUUAAUUUGAACAUGCUAUGCCCUGGAGCAUUUUUUUAUACUUCUAAAGACACAGCAACACAUUCUUCCCGAACUGUUUUAAUAACCAGAAGAGUCUGUGUUAGUACGAUUGGAAAUUGACCAGCUGAUUCAUAGUUAGACCAACAGAAGAUCCAGUUUACUUUACUGUUUAAUAAACGAGCAGGAGUGUUUUUUGAAUUGGCUUUAGACCUAAUAAAACACGACCUGCGAGUUUAUUAAACGGCUUCAGACACGACUACAAAUUCAAUAGAUAUACUGCCUUAUUAGCAUUCUUUAUAUAAAGAAUACUAAUGAGGACACGACUACAAUAGAUACUGCCUUAUGGUAAAUACUGCCUCAGGUUUAAAGCCACUGCACGUGACAUUUUAUGGUUGACAUGAUUUGUCAAUAAGCUUAUGAAUUAUUAAUGAGUGUUUGAAAUAAAGUUCGUGUUUCUUCCUGUGAUAACACUGAAUCAGUAUUAUUUAAUUAUUAUUUAAUUUCCUCACAUCGGACACUUGUAUGAAAAGAGUCAGUCAACGCUCUACCGAAAGUCGUGGAUUUUCUCCGGGUACUCCGAUUUCCUCCCACAGGGAAUGUUGACAGGGUGGGUUGGGAUUAGCCCCCUAACUGACCCUUCCACCGUAUAGCUGUGCUCCGUGAUCAGACAUGAGUUAUAAGGUGGCUGCCUCCAGAGGCGCCCUUAGAAAGCCUUCAACUGAAUCAGGUUGAGCUGUGUCCUUCGCAAUUUAGCUUAGCUCUCAGCUGCAAGUAAGAAUGAUUAGGGAGAAUAUUAGUUAGAGCUAUCCAGUACAAGUAAAGUUAGUAUCGUUUAUAACGAAUUGAUCUCGUCAUUGGCAUGUUUGUUUAGUCACUAUUGUCAAUGCGUUGUCCACUCUCUUCGUCAUCCUCGGCUGGUUCUGUUCCUUCAACGCCAGUAACCUCCGUUUCUGUGAGCGCCAUUCCCUUUUACCCGGCCGCAGACACUGUGGAAUCUGUAGUGGAGAAGGCUUUAGAUGAACUGCAUUUUGAUGACUUUGAUGUCUCAGAUCUAGAGAAAGAACUUAACGGUAGCACGUCACUGCCAGGUAUUGUUGUUGUUUGUUGGUUGCUGUUGUUGUUGUUGUUGUUGUUGUUGUUGUUGUUGUUGUUGUUGUUGUUGUUGUUGUUGUUGUUGUUGUUGUUGUUGUUGUUGUUGUUGUUGUUGUUGUUGUUGUUGUUGUUGUUGUUGUUGUUGUUGCUGUUGCUGCUGCUGCUGCUGUUGCUGUUGCUGUUGCUGUUGCUGUUGCUGUUGCUGUUGCUUGUUGUUGCUGCUGUUGCUUGUUGUUGCUGCUGUUGCUUGUUGUUGUUGCUGUUGCUUGUUGUUGUUUGUUGUUGUUUGUUGUUGAUAAUAUUCAAUUCGAUUCCAUAUUCAAUUGUUAGGUGCAGAUGUAUUCACGAGUGCGUACCAAGGUUUAUCAAUCAAUCCCGUGGGGUGUACCCCUCCGUUGUCAAUACCCGGAGCGAUGUCAGAGCCCUCACCACAACAGUCCUUCACCCCUCAAUCACCAUGUUCGCCCAGGGAUCAAUUUUCACCUUUCUCAUCCAAGAUGGUAAGUGGCCGCUAUUAUAAGGGACCGCUCAUUAUUUAUAGGGGGGGGGGCAUGGACGGAUUUUCUGCGGGGUGGGUGCAGGAGGGUGUGCGCCCCCCAAGGAUAUUUCCCCCCCCAAAAAAAAAAGACUUUACCAGUCCAAAAAGACCGUUAGAGAGGCAGUUUUGAUUGAACUGAUAGAGCUAUCCAGUAUAAGUAUACUUGUUUAGCUAAGGGUCCCUCACUCCCUCCUGUAAUACAGUUGAUUUCAUGAAACUUUGGCCGCGCCAGUUGCGAGGUUGGUUGGGAUGUUUGGGAACUAUAAACAAAAUCGUUUGCAAUUUGCGAACUUGCUUGCGAACUUUGUUCGGAAUUUCAUAACGAAUUUCGAUAAUUUGAUGCGAAACUUCCGAAUUUGAUUGGCCAGUUUCCAAUCAACUUGAUGAUCUCGUGUUUAUAGUUCCCAAAUUCCCAACCAACCUCGCAGCUGGCGUGGCCAAAGUUUCGUGAAAUCAACUGUAACACUGGAAUAAAAAAUGAUGGAUCUCACUGAACUUCUAUGGAGAAAUGAAUAGUUCAGAACUAUAAUAGAACUAUUAAGUAUCAAUAAAAUAGGAGAGCACCAUAUUACAUUAACCAUAUUUUGAUGCAUCGAAUGCAUCCCUAAAAUAAACUUAGUUUAGUUUAGGCAUUAGUUCAGGCUGUCCUAUGGUGCAUGGUUAAGAUUUAGUUACUGACAAGAGAGUUUUGUGUGAAAAGCUGCUCUGAAGAACCUUGUUCAUACCAUGUUUCAGGGUAGCAAUCCGUACCGAAACAGUCCAACCAUGAGAAGCUAUCCCAGUGGACUGCUCAGCGACCCCUUUGGCCCUCCCAUUCCCUCACCAAAACAACAACCCUCUCCCCAACUCACCUCCCCCCUCGCCUUAUCUGGUAGUCAAGCAGACAUCGAUAAGCUAUCCCAAGAACUCUCGGCCGCGCAUGUCAAACUAGCGUCCUGGGAACAAGCCUGGACGAAAGCGAGGCAGGCGUGCGAGGCGUGGAAGAAGGAAGCUGACCAGGCUGAGGGCCGCGCGAGAAAAGCUGAGCAGGAAAGACUGGAACUAUCUCUUAAACUAGAACAGGUAAAGUAGACCUAUGUCAUUGAAAGGUAUAUCAGGGUUCGUAGCGGUCUUUGAAAUCCUUGAAAGUGCAGGUCUUUAACUUUUAAGGUCUUUGAAAAGUCUUUGAAUUGUGUGAAAACGCGAAGAAAGUCUUUAAAAGUCUUUAGAUUCUUUAGUAAGUGUUUGAUUAUACGAUUUCCUAGCUAAUAAAAUAGGUUGAUUGAAGAGCAAGGUUUUCGCAAUAUCGACGAAAAGGCGCAUUUUAGGAUGUGAUUUGACGCGACUAAGUACCGGGUAACAAUGGCGCUUCCACUCGCAAUUUUUCGACAGCAGAUUGCUCUGAAAGGUCUUUGAAAAGUCUUUGAAAAUAGGCAGAAAAAAAUCUUUGAAUUUUUUGCUCUUGGAGACUACGAACCCUGUAUAUAUCUACACACAUAAAAACGCACAAGUUGUAACAAACCUGCAGCAGACUUGUGGCAAUGCUGUUCCAACAACUUGUCAACAGGAUGCGUUCGCAGUGCUUGUUGCCAGCUUGUUGACAAGUUGUCAACGGCUUGUUGACAAUUUGCUAUAAGGUUCUUGAGCUCAGCAGACUUGUUACAAGUUGUUCCAACAACUUGUUAUCGUCCUGCAAUUCAACAACUUGUUAACAAGUUGCGAGUGACAACCUUGUAGCAACUUUAUAAAAUAACAGCAUUGUUACAACUUGUUGAGAAGCUUGCUACAAGCCUGAUGGGAACACAUCUUGUUGACAAGUUGUGAGACUUGCACGUUUGUAGGUGAAAGACACUUGCUCUGCGCCACCAGAGCCCCAUUGUAAUAUGAGCUCCCAUAAAUAUGUGGUCAUGUUUAUAGGAACACCUCUUAUUAAUAGGAAUCGUUUAAAUAAGUAGGUUGGUAUUUGACUUUAUUUCAAGAUGGCUAUAUACACUUGGCCGUUGUUAUUGACACCAUUGAUAAUCUAGUGGCCCUCAAAGAGGUUGCUAUUGAUUGGCUUCUAUAUUGAUUGACUUCUGUUAUUAUAAGAGGUAUUAUUGAUAAGUGGUUUUAUAAUAGACCUUUCUUAGCGACACUUUGCAAUGCAAUGUUUUUUAUGAAAUUUAUUGGCUCACCAACGACUUGCAAUUGUCCUGUGGGAGAUCGCAUGCCGGUCAUAAGACAGGUCUAUUGAUAUUGAUAUUAGUUUGUAAAGAAUUGCUAUUAACAGGCCCGUAACUAGGAUUUUAGAUUUACCGAGUCAAGGCGGGGCAUGCUCCUCCAGAAAAUAUUUGAUUUUCUAAGGCUUAGAAUUUAGAAACGCUAUUUCCUGCAUUCUGGGAGGAAUUUUAACAAAAAAUAAGUAAUGAUAAACACUGACACAAUGACGAUAAUUUCAUAGUUUUCCUGCAUUCUGAGAGCAGUUUUCAAAGAAACAAUCAAUCGCAUAAACAGUGACACAAUGACUAUAUAAUUUCAUAGUGUGUCUCACAAUUGUACUGCAAGUAUCCAAUCAUAAGAAUUCAAGUACUCUUGGUCCAACAUGAUCAGGUGCAUAAUAAAAAUGUAUUUGUGGUAAUAUUUGGGACGCUAAUUCGUACCUUCAUCAGAAAUUGAAUAAAUUUUAUUCAGAAUCUGUUUUCUCUAAACUUGAAGUCUUCUGGUUUUGAAUUUUUUCACAAAAAAUCUUACCAAGUCAACUGACUCGGUUGACUCAUAGCUAGUUACGGGCCUGAUUGACAAGCAAUCUAUUAAUAAUCAACUAAAACUUUCUGGUAAGAAUUUCCUAUCACAAGAACCUUUAACAGGAAUUUCAAUUAAUAAAUUGUAUUAUAUUGUUGUUCGAUUUUAUUGCAAUUCAAAAUCAUUUGUGGCCAGACUAAAAAAAAACAUCAUUCCAUAGCAAUAGUCUCGAGAGCGAAUGGAAUGUAGUCUUUGUCUUGCAAGUACUAUCAUUCUCUAUGCCCUCAACUAUUUGUGGCUAACUGCAAAGUCUGCAUACUGGCGGAUUUCAUGUUUUAAAGGGUGAGAGCGAUGAAAUGGCCAAUGGGGGUGAUUCCAGCUAUAGACUAAAUUUUGAUCUAGGCAUGAGGGACGAAAUCCAACACCACAGCUAGAAAGAGCAUCGUAGAAUGAGUAAACUUGCUAAGAUUGGUUGCGAAAUGUUGUAAAAUGAAGAAAAUAUAGCCCUGUGAAGUUCGCAAAUUUUGUAUAUAUUUGUAUUACGCACGGUAAAAAUAACCACUUUCGGCUCAAAAAUGGUUAUUUUUCCCGCGCGUUAUGCAAAUAUAUACAAAAUUUGCGAACUUCACAGGGCUAUAUUUUCCUUAUUUUACAACAAUUCGCAACCAAACUUUGCAAUUUUACUCAUUUUAAGAUGCUCUUUCCAGCUAUGGUAAUGGAUUUCGUUCUUCUUGUCUAGAUCAAAAUUUCGUCUAUAGCUGGAAUCAUCUAUUCAGUCUGUUUGGAGAAAAAGAACUCGUUAAACUGUGAAAUAAGUCAUUUUACAAUAUUUAGCUGACCUUCGACUUUGUGCAGUGUGUUUUCGUAUUCAAAUAGCACUUUUCCUACCUCCUGAACAAGUGUCUUAGGGGUGCUUUACUUUGCUUAUGUAAUGGAAGGCGGGGUGAGGCAGCACUUUCCUUGCGAUAGUAAUUUCUAGUUUUACAACUUUUCUUUAUCUCUUGUCAUUCUCAAGAUGUUUUAGUUUUUUUCGUCUCCUGUCUUCCGAAACGUCGACGUUUUACUUUCAGGUAGUUCAGUGUCCCUCGCAAUCCUCAGUUUCCAAAUGAAGUAAAUCUAUGACGUCACAAGCUGGUAAACUUUUUUCUAACAUGGCAGUCAGCCAAAGUCAUAAGGCUCACUGUUCAGAAUAGAUCAGAUCGUACAGAUCUAUAUCGAUGAUUCAAUUGACUAAUCUUGCAUACAAAAACAUGAACUUUUUAAGAGUCCUGUGGACUGUCGAAAAGUUGACCCAGCUUGUGAGGUCAUCUCAUUAACAUAUCAAGCGAACUGAAAUAGCGUUUAACCAAAGAAAGAUAUAAAAAUCUUGUAAAAUGCCUUAUUCUACCGGGUGUCCCCCCAAAACUGGACACUGUUUGAUUUCAUGUAACGUAAAAGCUAUAAAAGCUAUCGCAAUGAAAUAACGAUCAUUGCGUUCAGAAAGGACUAACGUAGAUUUUAAUAUAUAGCACUUGAAUUUACAUGCAAUAUUGACUGCGCUAUUGAUGUUUGAACGUUGAACUACUGUUUUUGAAAAUGUCAAAAAUUAGCAUAAAACAACCUUAUAAUUACCGAUGUAGUUAUACUUGUUACAUAAUAAAUAUUUUUAUUUUGGUUGUAUCUCCCUCAAUAUUGCAUGUAAAUUCAAGUGUUAUAUAUCAAAAUCUAAGUUGGUCCUUUCUAAAUGCAAUGAUCUUUAUUUCAUUGCGAUACCUUUUGUAGUGUUUACGUUGCAUGAAAUCAAAUAGUGUCCGCGUUUUUUUGGGACACCCGGUAGGAGUUGUUUCAAUCUAAACGUCCUUAAUUUUUGCUGCUAAUACCCUUUAACGUACUCGACGUUAUUUGUGUAUAUAAUUCAUUGCAUUAUCUUCUCCUUCAGACUCCACAAAUUGGGACAGAAGACGGCGAUGGCGGUGCAAUUGGUGAACGUUCUUAUCUUCAAAUUUUAAAUAAAUCUAGUGAUAUUGAAAAAGAACCUCUUACCGUCUUAAAACAGAUACAACAACAUUUAAGAAUGGAUAGCGAGAGAUUAGAUAGGGUAAGUAGGGUGUUGUGUGUACAAUAGACGUAUUUGAAUAAUGCCAUGCCCGUUGUCACCCCAAAUCAUCCACAUGUAUAAUUUAUUAACUUUACAACCUGAACUAACUAUUCUGAACCAACUAACUAUUUGUUGACUAUGUUUAUUUAUUAACUGAACAACAUGAACAAAUACUACCGGGUGUCCCCCAAAAAACUGGACUCUGUUUGAUUUCAUGUAACGUAAAAGCUAUAAAAGGGCUAUCGCAAUGAAAUACAGAUCAUUGCAUUCAGAAAGGACUAACUUAGAUUUUGAUAUAUAACACUUGAACUUACCUGCAAUAUUGAGCGAGAUACAACUGUUUCAAUUUGAAUGCGUUUUAGGAGUUGGUGAAAACCCAGUAAAAAUUGGCUAAUUACAAGGUUAUUUUAUAGUCAAUAUUGCAUGUAAAUUCAAGUGCUAUAUAUAUCAAAAUCUAAGUUAGUCCUUUGACUCCUUUCUGAAUGCAAUGAUCGUUAUUGCGAUAAAUUUUAUAUCUUUUACGUUACAUGAAAUCAAACAGUGUCCAGUUUUUUAUGUAAAAAAGUGAAUAAAUUGAUUUUAUUUUGAUUUGAUUGUAAGACACCCGCCCAGAGACUAGAGUGUUCCACAUUGAAGUUUCCUCACUGACCUCACAUAUGGUAAACUUUUCUCACAUGUAUAUCUGCAGGCAUACAAUAAUUCGAAGUAAAUUCUCUAUUUCUUCUAGGUAAUAUAUUGUCGUGAAUGGUUGCAUUGUGUUGUUUGCAAGGUGGAAAGAAGAUGUAUGGUAACGUGUCCUUGUAAUCAUUGUAUUGUGUGUGAGAACUGUUCCAUCACUCUUAUCGACUGUCCGCAAUGCCAUGCGCAAAUAUCACAAAAAAUCCGAAUCGAUUUAGGUUUAUAAAAAGUCCUAUGGGGGCCUGUUCUUACCAGCAUGGCAAUUGGGCGUGGCUACAGAAAUACUGGUUAAACCGGUUUCGUAACUUGUUAAUGUGAACUUUUAGUAAAGAUUGCCAAUUGUCCAGGACUCGAUCAAACUUCAUCCAGUCCUAGGAUUUGAUCAAAUAUAUUACUACCCUGAUUUAUCAUUUGAUUCCUCAAUGAGCAUGAGGAAAUCGAUGCAUCACAUAUAAUUGCCUGCCAGGCUGGUGAAAGCAGGCCCUAAUAUAAAUUAAUUUAUUUGAAAAAAAGGUACGUAGUUGUUUGUUAGCACUUUAAAAAGAUAGCAGUCCAUUUUAUUUGGGCGUAUUAAUAUUCCCACAUAUAAUUAGUGUCUAAUUUUAAUUCUAUAUUAAGGUGAUAUAGUUCGUUGUUGUUAAUUGUGCCCUGCGCCGUAUGUUGGGUGGCAAAUUAUAUUUUACCGGGCCGAUUUGAGCAGAGUUGAGAUGUUGCUUAGCAACAUCAACCGGUGUUGUCUGGCAACAGUGAGUUGCCUAGCAACGCAAGUUGUCAAGAAUUGCUUAGCAUCAAGAGUUGCCUAGCAACCGAUAGUUGCUUAGCAGCAGAGAGAGACAGUGUCAAAUCUGCCCGCUAAAAUACUGCCCCAAAAGGUUGUUUCCACACUAUGGGCAAAUAGAGAGUUUUUAGAUCUUUUCCAAGGCUUAGUACGAGUUUUCUAAUUUCCAUCAUAGAAUAACGGGUAAAAACGGACGAAAAUUGUUUACUAUUCAGCAUCAAUUUAGAUAUUUGGUAAAGAAACUGGUCUACUUUCCUUAGUCAGGUUUUCCCGACCGAUUCCCGCAUGAAGUUAUAAUUUAAAGUUUGACCAGAUAUUUUUGUAUUCUCGUACUAGACCUUACAUUGGAUCUAAGCUUUCUUAUCGUUAAAUUAGUUAGGGUGUUGUUAAAAGUAGAAACUAUUUAACUUGUUUUCUAAAUAUCUCUGGUGAUAAUUUUGCUUUAUAAAAUUUUAAAUGUCUUAACGUCGCUAAGCUGUUUCAGUGAAAGAACGUGUUGUGCGAAAGACUUGUUCGAGGUAAGACUAUUGAAUAUAAGGUUUUCAGAUUUGAUGUACUAAGGUGGCUCUAUGCAGAUUUUAGUUGAUAUAUAACCUAGGUCUAGCAAAAAAAUCCUGUGGUUCGGUUUCAUGUUCUGAAAAAACCCGGAAUAGAUUGGUCAGAAAACAAGAUAUGAAGAUUGUUUUACUUCACAUUGGUCAGUAAUGGCCAUGGGUGUCAUGAUCAGUUGGCAUUGUCACAACACAUAAGUACUUCAGGAAGCGAUAACCUGUGGCAAUGGUCGCCAUUUUUGGCGUCAUGUUGUAUCAUAAAGCGAGCAACAAAAAGUAGGGUCGGUAUAGGUAAGCAACCAACCCAACCACAUCCAAAAAACAUGAUGGUUGACGAUCGAGAAACCAGAACCACAGCAUAUUUUUGUUAGGCCCUAUUAAUGUAAACUGGAUUUAGUUUCUGUUGUGUCUCAAGGAAGGAAGACGAUUUCGUCUCGGUCAUACGCCCGUAUUCUAAAAGCUCACUCACACUCACACUCAAUGAGUGUAGGUUCAAUCUGAGCUUCUCUUGAGUGUCAAUGCUGUUUUUGAAUAGCUGGAGGGUGAGCAGUCACAUAGUAAGGUACGACACUAGCCCUCCUGCUAUUCAAAAACAGCAAUGACACUCGAGAGAAGCUCAAAUUGAACUUCCACUCAUUGAGUGUGAGUGUGAGUGAGCUUUUAGAAUACGGGCGAUAGUUUUGUUUCAAGUCGUUGUUUACAUAAAAACACUUUUAAUUGCUCUGGGUUGCAUUUUCGAAAGAAACAAAAAAAAAGAUUUUCGACUCUGUUUCGUGUAAACAUGUUGUAUGCAGUUUCAAUUUUCGUCCAUAGUUCGCCACUGUAACUCGAAAACGUCAGAUUCACAAAUCGUACAGAAAGAAUAAAUAUCUGUUGUUUCUAUGGAUCCAGAGCCACCUUAAUAUCAUCAUGAAUUUGAUUUCUAAGUUGUGUGUAUAAGGCAGACUGUAUAGGAAAAUGCUCGUGAAGAACAAUAGGUUAACUGCUUGCUUCAAUAAUAUAUAUAUACAUUUUAUAGUGAAUAUUUCAUAAAGUAGGUUAUUUCUAAAUUUUGAUCCUAUAUAGAUAUAUAGAAUGAGGAGUAUGAAUUGGUACAAUCUUUUGUUUUCUAUCAAGGGAAACUAUGAAAUUUACUCCAAAAUUUCUGAAAUGUUUCUGACGAAUGUUUCCUGGUUUGGCCACCUUUAACAGGAAAUAUGGCUUUGAAAAACCAACGUCCCCUGUUUUGCCCACCUCUGGGAAAUUUGGCUAUAUGGUCAUUAUUCUUCUAACCUUCUCAAGAGACAAAAAAAAACAAGGUUUCUUGGUUUGACCUCGAACAAAAACCUUUUCGAAUUUGCCCAGGGCAUAACGUUUCGAAACGCACUUGAAAAAGUUAGGUUUCCUUUGUUGAAGCUAAAAUUGUGUAAGACAGAUUACCAAGUUUCAACACAGCUUUAGUUCGAAAAAAAACUUUUUUAUACUCCUCAUUCUGCUUAAUUAAAUAUGACAAAACGUUUAACAAAAAUAUUACUAGCUCUUAAUAAUCUCAAUAUACUGCAUGUUGUAAUGUUAAAUACUAUAUAAUUCCUUUUGUUGAAAGCAUCAUGUUUUCAUAGCUACCAUUUUACAGGGCAAUUUCAUGAUAUAUAAACAACCCAAAGUUCUAGAAUACAAUAAAAGUAAUUUUUCAAAACUAACCGUGAAGCUAACUUUAACGUUUCAUUUUUGCAAUUUUCAAAUUUCAGCUUUGCAAUUUUCAAAUUGCAUGUACAAAUUUUUGACAAUAUACAUUGGGACAAUUUAGUUUUUACAUGCACUCAGAUGUACCAUUUCUUGAAACAUUUACUCCCCCCCCCCAUUUCAAUGUUGGCGUCUUGCAACCCAAGACAUCAGUUUUUUGUGGGCCCAACAUUAAACUGAGGUAAUGGGGGCGCUAUGCCCUUAAAAUUGUGUGAAACUACAGCAUAUGUCCCGUAGUUUUUGCAAGGAUUGUAUAUAGUAUCAUUGCAAAUUGUCGCUACACAUGAAAAAGGCCUUGGGUUUGGUGAACAUUUAGGACCAUACUGUACAUCUACCAUACUUGACUCACUUUCCGCACCAGUGAGUAAUCAGACCCGGCCAGGGACUUUCAGUUAUACUGGUAUUCAGACCAGUAUACUUUUGGUAUGCAGUAUUUUAUUGUUAAAAUAGUACUUGAAGUAUGGGUAUAAAGUAUCCUGUAUUUACUCAAGAUCAGUAUAGCCUUGACGUUAGGCAUGCUGGUAUAUUGUACCAGUAUUAGUGAGUAUAUGAUAUUCUGGUAACCCCCUGGCUAGGUCUGAUUAAUGGUCGCAUACACUGAUCGAUUCUGAAUUUGGGUUGUUCGUAUAUCAUGAAAAUUGUCCAUUUUUAGCCGCUUUGCACUUUGCGUGCAACAGUUGACGUGUUACUGUCGGGUUCUUAAAUAUCUCAAGGAUUUUGGAGUCGUUUUGUAGAUAGUUAUUUAUUGUAAAAUGCAUUGUUUAUUGUUUACAAGUAAACAAUUGCUUUGUAGUGUCUAAUUAUUAUUAGAGAGAUUUAUUGCAUUGAACAAUGUUCUAGGUUGUAUCAAUUUAAAAUAUAUUUCUUUAAAAAGGAAAAGUAGAUGCUUGUAUGGGUCCACAGUGAUUGUAUUUUAUUUGCUAAUUGCUAACCAGGUGAUCUUGAUACGCGGAAAAGUACUGGCACUAGUUGUCAAAUAGAAAUCCAUUUUAUGAUUAAAACAACUGAAUAUCUCCUGUAAUAUACUUUAUUUCGAUUCCAAAUUUUUGUCAGAGCUAUAGUUCUCAUAACCAAACAUAAUUACAAAAUUUCAACUAGUUUCAUAAAGAAUAACGAAAGAUAUAAUUGACUGAAUACAUCAAAAUGGAUUUCUAUUCGGACAACCCUUUCUGAGCGCUGAUUGGCUAAAAUACGACCUCCUAGUCUAUAAACUGUGAUAUAACCUGGCUAGCCAGGAUAAAUCGCGUCAUUAAAUUUUUUCCUCA